UUUUGAACGGGAUCAUAUGACUAGUUUGACUUGGCUAUGACUUUGACCACUUAUGUGGCCUAUAAAUUCCAUCCCGAUGAGACCCUGCAAUCCGCACUUGGCAGUUGAUAAGAAGGGGAGACACAGUUGAAGCUGAGCAAGAAUGGCGGGACUAUACGAGAAGCCGUCGGAGACGUACGCCAAGAAGCGGCCGCGGUACCCCAAGGAGUGGUUCUCCAUGCUGGCCGGCCUCACCGCCGGGCACCACCGCGCCUGGGACGCUGGCUGCGGCAGCGGCCAGGCUGCCAUCAGCAUGGCGGAGCACUAUGAGAGCGUGGUGGCGACGGACGUGAGCGAGGGCCAGCUCCGGAACGCCAUGGCGCACCCCCGGGUGCGGUACGUCCACACCCCGGAGCACCUCUCGGAGGACGAGCUGGUGGCCCUAGUCGGCGGCGAUGGCUCCCUGGACCUGAUCGUGGUGGCCACCUCCAUCCACUGGUUCGACAUCCCGCUCUUCUACGCGGUGGCGAACCGCGCCCUGAGGAAGCCCGGCGGCGUGCUCGCCGUGUGGGGCUACAACUACGAGAUCCACCCGUUCGAGGACGCGCUGCAGGGCCAGCUCUACGCGGCGCUGCGGCCGUACCAGGACCCGCGGGCCAGGCUGGCCACGGAGGACCGGUACCGGUCGCUGCCGUUCCCGUUCGAGCCCGUCGGGGUGGGCGCCGAGGGCGCGCCCGCCGACGUGGACAUGGAGGUGGAGAUGACGCUGGAGGACCUGGCCGGGUUCGUGAUGACCGGGUCGGUGGUGACCACGGCGAGGGAGAAGGGUGCCGGCGAGGAGAUGGAGGCGGUGGUGAGGGACGUGAUGAGGCGGGUGGAGGAGAAGUGGGGGGACGCGCCCACCGUGCCCAGGAAGCUCGCCUUCAAGGCAUUCAUGCUCGCCGGGAGGCCCAAGUGCUGAAGCUGAUCACUGAUCAGUGCCUUUUCGUUUGUUCAUGGUCAGGAAUAUAGCUUGUCAGUCAGUGUCAGAUUGAGAGUGAAAUGCCAGCUACGUCAUAUAGCCAGCCACUUGACACACUUGAGUGUGUGUCUGGAGCUGUAUAUUUUUUUUUUCCCUGUUGAAUAAUUCCGAGCAGGUGCUACGGCUAAUUACCUGGGGGAUUAUCAAUCCAUUUGUUCAGUUCGACAUGAA